CAUGCGGCAGGGAAAACAGACAGGAGAGGCUGAGGGCAAGCGAGGAGGAGCAUCUAAAGCCACCAUCUUGCCAGAGGGCAAGCUCUGAUCUGUGGCAGGUAGCGCAGUGACUCAGAGAAAGGUCUCCUUGCUCUGCACCGAGUCCCAGGAGGAAGGGCUGCCCUCUCCUGACACACAGCACAGUGACUGGGAAGGCGAGUGCUAGAAGUGGCACAGAAAAGUAAACAGGGUGUUAAAAGGGAUCCUUAAAACGAAAGUACAGUCUGCAAGUUAGGAGCGUGGGAGGUGGAGGCGUGUGUUCCUCCGCCGAGGAGCUGUGGGGUUUGCAGAGGAGACAGGGGAGCUUUGUGUACCCUGAGCCAUGAGCCAGCUCCACUGUCUCUGUCUCUCGGGGCUGCUCCCUGGGCCCUAGCACCAUGCAGGGGCUCCUCUUCCUCACCCUUCUCCUUGCUGCGCUGACACAGUUCUGCUGCAGAGCACAGGGUGCUGGGCUGUUAGACACGAUACCUGAAGACAAGCCAUCUGCAGGAAGGCCUGGAGAAGCAGACGCACAUCAGCGUAAGCAGUUUUGUCACUGGCCUUGCAAAUGUCAUCAGAAGCCCAGUUGCCCUCCUGGAGUGAGCUUGGUGAGGGAUGGCUGUGGAUGCUGUAAAAUUUGUGCCAAGCAACCAGGGGACAUCUGCAAUGAAGCUGACCUCUGUGACCCACACAAAGGGUUAUACUGUGACUACUCAGCCGACAGGCCUAGGUACGAGACCGGAGUGUGUGCAUACCUGAUAGCUGUUGGGUGUGAGUUCAGUGGCGUUCAUUACUAUAAUGGCCAGGUGUUCCAGCCCAGUCCCCUGUUUACUUGCCUCUGUGUGAGCGGGGCCAUUGGAUGCACACCUCGCUUCAUACCAAAGCUGGACAACAGUCACUGCUCUGGAGCUAAUGGCCGGAAGAAGUCUGACCUACUACACUGUGGCCUGGGGCCACUACAACAGCAGCUUUCAACACGCUACAAAACAAUGCCAGCUUACAGGAAUCUCCCACUUAUUUGGAAAAGAAAAUGUCUUGUGCAAGCAACAAAGUGGACUCCUUGCUCCAGAACAUGUGGGAUGGGGAUAUCUAAUAGGGUAACCAAUGAAAACAGCAACUGUGAGAUGAGAAAAGAGAAAAGACUGUGUUACAUUCAGCCUUGCGACAGUCAUAUAUCGAAGACUGUAAAGAUUCCCAAAGGAAAAUCAUGUCGACCUACUUUCCAACUCUCCAAAGCUGAAAAAUUUGUCUUUUCUGGAUGCUCAAGUACUCAGAGUUACAAACCCACUUUUUGUGGAAUAUGCUUGGACAAGAGAUGCUGUGUCCCUAAUAAGUCUAAAAUGAUCACCAUUCAAUUUGACUGCCCAAAUGAAGGGUCAUUUAAAUGGAGGAUGCUGUGGAUUACAUCUUGUGUAUGUCAGAGAAACUGCAGAGAACCUGGAGAUUUAUCUUCUGAGCUCAUGAUUCUAUAAAACUAAGCAUUUUGGGGAAAAGUUAAGGUUAGACAAUCACGUCAUACAAUAAAAAAACUAGAGUGGUUACAAAGGGCAGAUCAGGUCACUGUAUUUAAGGCAUUAGAAGCUUUUAAAAAAGGUUCUCCUAAAAAUAUAAAUACAAUUUAGAAAACAAAAUUGAACUUUUAUUUCUAAAAUAUCUUGUAAUCAUGUAAUCCACAGACAUUGAUACUGUCUAAGCAUCCUAUGUAGAUCAUACAAUUUAUAAGAAAAAGUUAUUUUAUAAGAUUACCUGGAGUACUUUGUUGAAGAUGUGUAAAAAGCAUAUUAUAUUUAAAUUUUAAUUUGUACUUAACAAUGUAGCCCUGGCUCCUAUCAGAUGAUAACCCUAAGGCAAAUAAAAUUCUGGAUUAAUU